GGUGGGUGACUGGAAGGAGAGAAAAGGCGACUGUGUGAACCAGAACAGUUUUAGAGAGAGGUAUUAACCGCCCCAUUCUACCACCUACCACCUCCCCUUUCCAAAUCAGCUAGCUAAUUAAGUAAAGACGGAGAGGAACAGAUAGUGAGAGUAAAUGAUUGACUGCCUGACAGACGGAUUGAAAGUAACAGUUCAUAUGUGCGAGCCUGUUCCCUGCAAAAAAUAAAAGUUGACAACGCGACGGUUACGUGGAUUUAGAGUUGCGUAUGCUUUUAUUUUGUUCUCAAGGGCAAAGAACACGUGAAAAGGGACAAAAUGCAUGAAGAACCCGUCUCCAAAUAUUUUUAUUCGUCGGGUCUUGAAAUGUGAUAAUGCCAACCUGUACUUUGAUAAGGGUCAAGUUUUUUUUAUAUUAAAAGAAGAAGAACUGGAUGCUGAAUAUAUGACGGUGCUCCAACGUAAGGCAAGAAUAAACGGUUUAAAUUGCCGUCCUAUCAUUAAAUGUGUUACCCGGAGAGGAUUCAAAGCCGGAACCGGUCUAUUGGAGAAAGAGAAAAUGUACAGUUUCAAGCAUUUUUGAGGAUAAGCUACAACAUUCCGAACUAUUCCCACGGAUUUUGAAUGGACCUAUAUUGACAAAAUACACAUCGUACUCCCGCUGUCUGUUCAAGGACCUUUGACGCUUUCUCGGUCAUUUUUAUGCAGAGCUAGCGAGCUAACAUUCGCUUCUGUUAAAAUCUGGUUCAUAUAGACCCCGAACUGUUUUUUUUUUCUUAGCUAGCUAAGUGGAAAUAGACUACAGUAGAACAGCUUGUAUGAUACUGCUAUAUAUAGUCCUUAUAACCCUUUAGACUUAAGUCUGUGCUUACAUUUUGUUACAUUAGGCUUUUUAAAAUGCUCAAUUAAUGCAAUAAGCAAUGUGCUUGAGCCCGCUUAGCUGAACUCGUGGGCGAAUUUAGUGUAAUUUGGAUAGACUUCAGUAUUAAUAUCAUUUUAGGGUGCGUGUGCGAUGUGGAAUGACAGGAGCUGUGGUCGCACUGUGUGGUUUCGAAAUUUUGUCCUGUACCUCGGUUUCGGCUAAUCCACACCGGCGAUGGAUAUUAUGGACUUAAACAUAUGAAAUUUUUGUUAAUAAACACAAAGAAGGGGGAAAAAGAAGAAAAGGAAAUUUAAAAAACAAGUUAAUUUACAGAGAGCUUUCCACUUUGUGUCCCUUUUGGAACCUUAACAAUGGGGAUUAAGCUUCAAGUUAUUCUAGGAAUGUUUCAGUUCGUCUUGGUUACCAGAAUGCCCACGUCUUAUGCCAAGCUGGCUCACUGGCAGCCCGCCGAAAAUCACAGAUCCAGAGAAGUGCUAAAAUGGCUGGAGGUGUACAGUCUGAGUGGGUGCCAGCCCCGGGAGACCCUGGUGGAGGUGUGGAGGGAGUUCCCGCGGGAGACCCAGCACCUCUUCCUGCCCUCCUGCGUCGCCCUGCGUCGCUGUGGGGGCUGCUGCUCGGACGAGGCCCUGGAGUGUGUGCCCUCGCACACCUACACACUCACCGUGGAGCUGAUGAAGACCACCUACCUGAAGCAUGAGCUGGUGCAGAUGCCUUUCACCGAGCACAGCCAGUGUGAGUGCAGACUAAAAAAAGAGCUUCAGCUAGUGCCUGUAAGGCAGGAACAAAGCCCCGUGAGGAAAGGGAGACAGAGGGAGGGAGGCAAAUCCAAACGAAAGAAAAGUGGAAAAAUCAAACCAUCCGGUCUCCCUCCACCCACCCCUGGGCCAAACUGCCCCCCGUGUCCUGGGCGAAGGAGGGUGCUGGACCCCGAGUCGUGUCAGUGUCGCUGCAGCCUGACCCACGACAGCUGCAAACAGAGAGGGAGGCACCUCAACCCGCAAAGCUGCAGAUGUGAGGCAAUAAGGCGGUGAUGAGCUGAACUCACUCUCCCUCUUGCCAACGUGAUUGAUUGGAGAAGGCAAAGGGACGUUUUUUUUCUGUGACGGAGAGGAGAAUCAGUGAUGAGGGAGGGGACUGAUGAGCAGGCGGAUAGGGGAAGGAGGGUCUGUGCCCAAACAAAAACACUCGCGUCCCUUUAGCCCCCUCACCUCCAAAACGUCAUCCACAAGUAGUCUUACGUAAAUAUAUAUGUGUAUAUUAUCCACUGUCAUCACAAAGCUUUUGAGCAUUUUGCUGCUAGACUGGGCUGUAUCAGGCGUGAUGCCAUAAGUAAGAUGGAGGAUCUUUCGCCAUAAGUAAGUGGAAGGACCAGAAGAGAUGCAAUAAAGGUAUUUUGGAGGGUGGAACCACAGGAUUAUGCCAGUAGACUGCAUACAUAAAGGACUGUGAGGAGGGACUUGUGUCACGCCAUGUAUUUUCCUGGAAGAACCUGUCCGUAUCCCAUUCGACCUUUGUGGAGCACUCUUGGCCCCUUUAAGGUACUGUGCACUGUCUGCCACUGGCUCCGACAAACUGGCCAACUGAAUCAUGGGACAUGGAGUUGAUUCAAUUUCGGGCAACUCUCCGAAGCUUUCCUGAUCCAUGAUCGCUGGGCUCUACUCCCACAUCUGCAGCCAUUAUUUGAACAAGGAUACCAACUGCGUCAUGAAGUCAGACGAGCAUGUGACGCAACCGUUGAGCCUAACUGGAAGGAGGUGUCAGUACUGAGAUUAUUAAAUGACACAUGAUGAUACUGUGAUAGACUAUGUAGCCUGCUGUAAUUAGUCAGACAAAUGUCAAAAAGAUAAAGAUUCCUCCUCCCAUUUAAGGCACUAAAAGCUGAGUCACAUGACCCUCUGUCCAAUCCCUCUGUAUGAUGAGGAAAUUAGUAUUAUCUAGUAUGUGGCCAUGGGGUUUGUGUAGACAUAGAGUGCACAGAUAUAUGGAGCUAAAAAACCCUGCUGUGGUUUGGACCAAUACCAGAACAGUCCUCUGUUCUGGGCUCUGCAGUAGUUUUGAAGGGUGAAGCACUAGGUCAGUAUGUGGAGGAAUUGGGGCUGGGCAGUGACAAAGGUGGGUGGCCUUCCAAAUAUUUUGACAAUUUUGUCUAGACCUGUUUAUGUUCAAAACACAGAUACAUUUGAGAAAUAUUUCCAGUGUGCCCCAAACUAUUUUUUUAUUCGAUAUUUUAAUGUUUUUAAAUGAACAUGUGCCUGUAGUAUAUCACUAUAUAAGUAAGACACAAACACACACACACACACACACACACACAGUUAUACAUUCGGAGCCACAGGCAUGUGCAGAAUAUAUCAUGAGGUCUAUUUUCACUGAAUCUUUGGUUUUAGGUGAACACAUUUCAAUGGGAGUCGGUGUGGUCUUCCCAUUAACAGCUGUACAAACCUGCAUGUGCUUUCUCUCAUCCUUUGUCUCUGCGUAUGAGUCCAUCAAAUGGGCACAAACUCUAUCAAUGAAUCUCCCAUUUGGGGUCUGUUGUUUGAAUUUGCUUAGUCUUUUCUCUUCCCUUGUGGCAGUGAAUGAGCUUUUAACUUCAGCUAAGCAGUGAGGGGAAUGCCAAUAAUGAGGAGGCCUGGCUGUUUUCCAUUGACAUACACACACACCACACACACAUACACACACACACACACACACACACACAAAUUCAUUCACUUAACUCACUGAGAUAUAUACACAAACACAUAUGUUCUGUUCUCCAUCUUUUAGGGACCAUUGACGUUGACCCAUAAACCUCUGUUAACUUCAGUAUAAACACAGUUGGGCACUUUAAUGCACCUUUUCUCUCUUAACGUUGGAAUGAAAGAUGUACUUUCAGGAUAUCUUGGAAACACUGUGACAUAAAGAAAGACAACACACAGGUAACCAUAAGCUUUUCUUGAUAUAAUUAUGACUGAAAAAAGGAAAAAUAUUUAAAUUUAUAUAAAUAUAUAUUCGCAAGAGUUUGGGUGAUUACAUAUUUUUUUAAUAUCAUUUUUAUGUUGCCUUUAAACUUUGUCAAAAACAAGCUUUGUUUUUUUAACUAUUGAAUGUUUUCUUUCUGAGUUUUAUUUUUGUGUGUGUACGUGUGUGUGUGUGUGUGUGUGUGUGUUUGUUAUGUUUUUGUUUGUCAUUAAUCCGUCUCCUUUAAGAAGCUCUCUGGGUGGCUGACCAUGUACACAAUAGGCGCCCAGAGAAUCUGUCAGCAUAUCUGCAUUGAAUUUAAACUGAGAGAAGGCCCUUGGUUUAGGAGCAAAGGAAAUCACAUUUGCGUUCUGUAUGACAUAACCUCCUAAUUGAUUUUAUCAGAGAUAUAAAGAAAUGUCCAUAAUUGACCCCACUAGAUAAAGUAACUGACGGCAAGUCAUUCUGUUCCUUUUGUGAGCCCACUCCUUGUCCCACCUUAUACACUGAAAUAACACUCAGUUUCCUUAUUUUUACAAGUAUUUGAAAAUUGCUUUGGUUUAAGGUGCUGUGACAUUUUCAACAGAAUUAAUCAGUGUUAAAAAAAACAAUCUCCAAAGAUGGCCAAAGUUUUUAUUGUGAGUACCGUGCCUUAGGAUAUCAUUAAAAUUUGAGGAAGAAGCAUUUUAAUGAAAUGUGCCACAUAUGUGUUUGAGAGGGAAAGUGAAGAAGAACAACACAUGAGAUGGUCAAAUACAUCUGCCGUGAAAUAUAUCAUUUUAAAAUGACCCCAUAGGGCAUUACCAAACAUGGCCUGCCCAGUGCAGCCCAUACAAUAAUAAUUUCCCUUUGAUCCUUCUGUUUGUGAGGGGCUGUAGAGUUAGCUACCUGAGUCUGAUAAGCAACUAUAAAGAUAAGAGCUCAUUCUGUCAUACAGCUCAUGACUAUGGUGGAAAUCUUAAGAUUGCAUUCUUUAACUGAUAAUUUGGGGUAGUAGCUAUCAAAGUUUCUUUGUAGAAACAUCACUCAGAUGACCACUCUGACCCACAAACACCAAUUUAAAAGAAUAUGCAUCAGUGAUAGAGUCCAUUAUAUAGAUUUGGGCUCUCUCAUACAAAAUGCACUUUUGUUAGCUGCUUUGGAUAACAGCGUCUGCCAAAUGACUUAAGAAUACAUUUAGACAAAUUUUGUUUAUGAACAUACUAUCACCAUUGCCACUAAACUACACUAGAAUGUUUUAUUAUACCUUUCAACAUACCUUAUUUACUGCCUAGUGGAUUGCCUGACCUAGGACAACUUUCAAUACUUAAACCCCCUGUAAUUCAUUUAUACAGCCACGUUUUACUGGAGCAAUAGAGAAACAAUAUCUUGCUCAAAGGUACAACGGUGGCCCUCCUGGGAUUCUAGUCCAUAUUGUUCACGUCCAAAGUCCAGUGUCCUAACGACCACUGCCCUCAUAUGCAACAUUUUGAGCUUCAGACUUUGGAGAUCACUCAGACCACUUAUUAAACGGAGGGGUAAUGAAUGUGUUCUACGCGUAUAGAAAAGAGGGCUGGAGAUUUGUUCUUUAAAAUGUAAAUGCUACCCAAGCACUGGGAGUUUUGUCAGUGGUGCUAUAAACUAGAAUUUAUAUCUAUAUGGAGAUGAGUUGUCAAAUUUUAUCCUCCCCCUGACAGAUGAAAUGUAAGAGGUGUCCUCAAACCUCGGUCUCAGUACUUAGAUGUGUUUCCUCAUAACCUCGCUAUAAUUAGCCAUAAUCCUUUUUUUGUCCCCUUCUUUCUGUCUUCUUUCAUUGAUCUCCUGUUUUGAGAUUCUCCAGUACAACCCUAGUGACCUCUCAUUAGCAGCUGUGUCUCCCUCUUAAGCUGUCACAGGCUUUCGUUUUAAUAGCUUCUGCUUUCUUCUCCCCUUGCCUCCUCUUCCCGCUCUUUACCAACCCUACACCCCCGCAGCCCCCACUCCCCAUUUUAUGACUCCCUAGCACCCCACCCCUCUCUUCAUUGCCAGAAUACACACAAGAUCAGGAGGCUUGCGGCAUAACCCACUUUCUCUUGCCGCAUCAUAAUUUAUUCAUCUGGCAAAAGUUCUAAUCCCAUUCCUGGACCAUUUAAGCAAUUGGGUUUUAGAGUUGGAUUUUAAGGCAGCAAGCACAGGGCCCCCAUCUGUGACUCGUAUCCACAGCCCUCUAAGUGUCGGGAGUUUCAAGCCUUAACUUUUUAGUGUUGGCAGGGGGGGGGGGGGGGUGAUGGUGACGGAGGGAUAGAAAGCGAGACACUGCUGAUUGCAGCUACAGCGUAGAGUAGCAUUCACUCUUGACAGCUGAAGAAAUGUGUGUUUUUAUACCAGUGUUGGGGUGGAUAAAAUGUCUAUUUAUUGUUAUUUAUCGCAUUUUACUCCUCCACAUGAGUACUUUGCUUACUUAGAAGUUUGUAACAUUUUUUUUUUUUUUUUAAGUUCAUUUCACUCACAUCGGACAAAUCAAAGCUUCACUGACGGGACAUUGCACAGGAUGUAUUGUAUGAGGCAUUCGGUCCAUUGUCCCCGGCUGAUCUAUAAAAGUUAAGUGUGAUAAAUCCACAUGCAAUAUUUGGGACAAGUACAAUGUGUACCCAGAUGGAAUUUACACACCGUUGUUGAGUACCUUUGAAAGUGCAGGAUGUGUUGACGCCGACUUUCUGUCUCCACAAAUAUGCUCAAUGUACAGCACACAUCUCAGUGGCACCGUCUGUAUGGAGCUUGAUCCGGCCGGCUAGUUACAGAAGACUUGUACUGAGCAAAAACAACACAGAGGAACUGUAGUGCGGGCUUAGUGAUAUGAACAUACUGCUUGCUCUCUGCUUCCCACACACACAAAAAACAUGAUUUAGCAUAGAAUAAAUCUAGCACCUAAUGACUUGUGUAUUAUCCAGUGACCUUAGGUAAAUUAAAGUUCUAUAUAAUGUGAGUCUUAUUACCACCCCAGAUUUAGAAGUGUUGAAUAGAACUGGUUUUAGAUUGUCUUGCUCAGUUUCAAUCAACCCCCAACUCCAAUCUAUAUAUUCAGUGUAUGUAUGCAUAUAAUGAUGAUAUGAUUAAUAUUACUGCUGCUACACCAUCUGUGCCCUAUUUGAUGUCUGUGCAAGUGUACAAAUUGUGUUUGUCAGUUAUGUUACAUUAUGAUGGUAUUAUUAAUCAUUUAAAUGUGAAUGUGACCAAGAAUAUUAUUGUUGUUGAUACAUGAGUAACAAGUGAUGUUAAUAUUAAACCAUGAUAUAAGGUUCAACAUAUUAUUAAAGGAAAUGGAUUAUUUUUGAAAA